ACGGUUAAAUAAAAAGCCACUGACGUCAUUGCCCCUUCCAGAACGAGGGAGCCACCCCCGGAGCGUCUCGCGAAGCGUACCACUUACUUACUGUCUCAAACCUCAAGUUGCUGUGUUAAGUACCUUUUAGUGAGACGGACAUCUGCCUGCAUAGGCGGAGAAGAUAAAGACAUUGUUUCGCUGCCUUAAACCUGGUCGCUAAAGACAGGCGCUAAACCAUGCACGUUUGGUCGAGUUAUGUUUCCUUAGCAACAGGAUUAAGAAGUUUUACAAAAGGACUCAGAAGACAAGCGGAGUGUUCUACACACGUCCACGGACUGACGGCGCGUUUUACCAAGAAGAGGAAAAGAGCAAAGCUGUUUACUCUUCUCCCAGCGGGGUUCCCGGUGCUGUGUGGCGGACCGGCACGGAAGGAAGAAAUCUGAAGAGGCGUGCGCCAGAUGUUGGCAUCUUUCACCCAUGGCUCCCUGGCCGUGUCACAACAAUCAUAAUGCGCGCGGGUGCCAAAUGGACACCAUAGGGUUUCCGGUCAGUCAUGUUAGAUGGACUGCUGCCUUACCUCCGCAAGAGUCAGUUGUUAGUAUGAACGAGAGCGAGAAGGGGAGAGUACGUCAUGUAGACUAACAUCACACCUGUGAGCCUGCAGGCCUGUGCUCUCCACAGGUCCCUGGCUUUUGCACGUGUCAUUUUAGCGCGCCAGAGAUUCACGCAUGAAACGAGAAACAUCCAGGUGACUGAUUUUAAGGAAAUGAAAACAAUGUUAACCAUAAAGUGCGUGUUUGAGCCGCUAGUCUGUCUCGGAGUCAUGAAAGGGCGCAAAUUACUUCUCGUGCGUAAUUUCCCACCCAGCACGGGACAGAAUACGCCGGGACACACGUGAUCAACAAAUCACCUCCGCUGCAACAUUUCUCGUUUGUCAGAGAAAAAAGAUAAGCCUAUCGCCUCCCCGAAGACGGACAUUUAUAUUACCGCUGUUGUCACCGACAGUACCUCAAUCCGUACGUCUGCGGUGACCGGGCAUUUGCGCACCUGCCAACUUCCUCAGUCUGAACUGGUCGGAAACACACUGGUCUAGGUGGGAGAAUAGAGAGAACAGUGAAGAAGAGAAGAGGUCUGGAUGAACAAUACUGACGUUUAUCAGGACCUCUGCUCUCUUCAACCUCUGACUGGUACACGAACCCAACUGUGAUUUGCUGCUAGCAUCUUGUUACACACCUCCUCUCGCUUGCGCUACACCGAAGGACCCGGGCGUCAUUGCUAAACAAAGAGCGCCAAAUGUCGAAGAAACGGAAAAGUCCUGGGGCCCUUGCACGUGUUGAAGACUUCCAGCAUACAGGAAGCAGUGACACAGGUCUGACGGAUGAGAAGGUGAAGGACUACCUCACCCUGCACCCCCAGAUGCUGGAUGACUUUGUGCUGGAGAGCGUGAGCCCCGAGACUCUGGCCCGCUGGCUGAAGAACAAGACGAUCAGCAGGCCUGCAGAUGACACGUCAGUUAAGGAAGUCAGCAGGCAGUACCAAGACAGUAACAUGCAGGGCGUGGUGUACGAGCUGAACAGCUGCAUGGAGCAGAGGCUGGAUCUAGGGGGUGACAACAAGCUGCUGCUCUACGAGCUCUGCAACACCAUCAAGACAGCCACGAAAGCAGACGGAUUUGCACUGUACUUCUUAGCAGAAGGCAACAAUAGUUUGUGUGUGUUGAUCCCUUCGGGGGCCAGCGGCGCCCCCAGCCUCGUCCCCUCAGGCCCCGUCACGCUGGGGACCACCGUCGCCGCCCACGUGGCCAAGACGCACAAAACCCUCCUGGUGGACGACAUCACGGGGGACGAGCGUUUUCCCGAAGGCACAGGGCAGCACUCAGGGACAUCAGCUCACUCGGUCCUGUGCCUCCCCAUCCUCACGGCCAACGGUGACCUCCUGGCCAUCCUGCAGCUCCACCGCUUGCAUGGACGCAAGCCCUUCAGCCUCAGUCACCAGGAGGUUGCAACAGCCAACCUCGCCUGGGCCUCCGUAGCAAUGCACCAAGUCCAGGUGUGUCGAGGCCUGGCCAAGCAGACGGAGCUCAAUGACUUCCUGUUAGACGUGUCAAAAACAUAUUUUGACAACAUUGUGGCAAUAGACUCUCUACUUGAACACAUUAUGAUAUAUGCAAAGAACCUGGUGAAUGCAGACCGCUGCGCCCUGUUCCAGGUGGACCACAACAACAAAGAGCUGUACUCAGACCUGUUUGACAUCGGGGAGGAGAACGAAGGCAAACCUGUCUUUAGGAAGACCAAAGAAAUCAGGUUUUCUAUAGAUAAAGGCAUUGCGGGCCAGGUGGCCAGGACAGGGGAGGUCCUAAACAUCCCAGAUGCCUAUGCAGACCCCCGCUUCAACAGAGAAGUGGACCUCUACACAGGCUACACCACCAGGAACAUCCUGUGCAUGCCCAUCGUCAGCAGAGGGACUGUGAUCGGUGUGGUCCAGAUGGUCAACAAGCUGAGCGGAAGUGCCUUCACCAAAACAGACGAGAACAACUUCAAGAUGUUCGCCGUCUUCUGCGCUCUGGCAUUACACUGUGCCAACAUGUACCACCGUAUCCGGCACUCUGAGUGUAUCUACCGGGUGACGAUGGAGAAGCUGUCCUACCACAGCAUCUGCACCUCAGAGGAAUGGAAGACCCUCACCCAGCUCAACCUGCCCACACCCAUCUACAAGGAGAUAGAAAUGUUCUACUUUGACAUCAGUCCCUUUGAAGAGAUCUGGCCGGCUGUUUUUGUCUACAUGGUGCACAGCUCAUGUGGAAAGACCAGUCGUGUUCCCCUUCCUGUCCCUGUCAGCUUUGAGCUGGAGAAGCUGUGUCGCUUCACCAUGUCAGUGAGGAAGAACUACCGCAGGGUCCCGUACCACAACUGGAAACAUGCUGUGACCGUGGCUCACUGCAUGUACGCCAUCCUGCAGAAGAUCACCGGAGUGUUCACUGAGCUGGAGAAGAAGGGUCUCUUGAUCGCAUGUCUGUGUCACGACCUGGAUCACCGUGGUUACAGCAACACAUACCUGCAGAAGUUUGACCAUCCUCUGGCAGCCCUCUACUCCUCCUCCACCAUGGAGCAACACCACUUCUCACAGACUGUCUCAAUACUACAGCUGGAAGGGCACAAUAUUUUCUCCAACCUGACUUCCACUGAGUACGAGCAGGUGCUGGAGAUCAUCCGCAAGGCUAUCAUCGCCACCGACCUGGCACUCUACUUCGGCAACCGCAAACAGCUGGCCGAGAUGCUGACCACAGGAAGCCUGGACCUCAGCAACCACAUACACAGGGACCGUGUGAUUGGUCUGAUGAUGACAGCAUGUGACCUGUGUUCCGUUACCAAGCUGUGGCCAAUCACACGCCUCACGGCCAAUGACAUCUACGCAGAGUUUUGGGCUGAGGGUGAUGAGAUGAAGAAGAUUGGGACACAGCCCAUUCCCAUGAUGGACAGGGAUAAGAAGGAUGAGGUACCACAAGGCCAGGUGGGCUUCUACAAUGCGGUGGCCAUCCCAUGCUACACAACCCUGUCAGAGCUCUUCCCCCCAUCCAGCCCUCUGCUGGGAGCCUGCAAGGAGAAUCUUAACCAGUGGGAAAAGAUUGUGCGAGGAGAAGAAGAGGACUUGGUUUGGACUCCUGCGGCGCCCAGCGGGGUUGAGCCAAGCGAGGAAGCAGAUUCAGGCCCUGUCAAGGUGGAUAACUGACUGGAGGAAAGGCAAUGUGCCCACAGCACAACACCCUUCCGACUGCCUGCAACCCUGGACCACCUGGGCCAAUGUUCAAUUUCCUGUGGAAACAGGAAGAGGCAGAAAGUAGGCGGGAUGGAGACUCACAAGGGGGUUUUUACAAACACAGUUACCUCAUUGGGUGACAGAGGUGUCAACACUGACGGUUUGACCAAUCCCGAGAGACAUGGACAGCUAAUGGGGCGGGACUUGGACGUCAACCAAGUCCUCUGCUCGGGACGGAAGAGGCAGAACACGUCUGUCUGCACUUAAUGUUAGCUGUUGUACUUGUCUGUUUCUGAUUUUACUUCACGUUUAAUUUGACUUUAGCUGUUGUUGUUUUUAUGGUUGUAUAUUUUCAGAGGCCUUAGGCUCUGCACCAAACAGGCCAGGCUCUGUGAAGGCCUAACUGUUCGGUACGGUUUGCCCUCUGUGGUCGACUUAUCGCACACAAAACUACUUCUAAGAGGUUACACACAGAGACAGAAGGAAUGUUUAACAUAGCUGCAUGUUAGUUCUUUCAAGGCUAUCUUUUAAUUAAGGUGGAUUGCAAGAAUGUUUUCUGUUACUUAGCGCAAAAGUAAGGUUUUGCAGUACUUGAAUGAAGACAUACGGCCUGUUCCAUUUUGAGGUUUGCAGAAAUCCCUCCCAGCAUAUUGUGUGAAGCACAGGCGGUGCAUGACCAAAUGACUAGAGAUAAUGUCCACACUUAUCUAGAGUCACAGGAGAUUCACACGAGAUGCAGUGCCCCCCCACCACCAGCUGCACCACCCCACGCUCCAGAGCUCUGGCCUUGGGCAUCGAGUGACUUUCUAGGGGUUAGUUAUGCUAUGCUGAGGAUCUGAAUACGCCCCAGCAGCUAAACCUAACCUUUAGCUAGCACACUAGGCUAGCAGAAGCAAAACUUAACUUUCAGUUAGCAGACUAGGAAUGCAGAAACAAACCCUUAACUUUAACUAGCAUACUAGGCUAGCAGCGGCCUAACACUUACCUUUAUCUAGCAGAAUACACUGCAUAAGCUAAAACUAGAUUUCAGUUAACAGAAUAGGCUAGCAGACGCUAAACCAAAAACAAAUGAACUCUUGGGUACAAAUAAAGAAACCUUGAAUAAAACCUUUAGCUAGCAGACUACAUUAUAACCGAAAGUAACCCUAACAUUUAGCUAGCAGACUAGCCGAAGGAAACUCUGAACUUUGACUAGCAGACUAGGCUAAUUUAAGGUACACCUAUUCCCCAGUUAGCAUUUUAGGCUAGUAGAAGGUAACACUAACCCUCAGUCAGCAGACUAGGGUAGCAGAAGCUAACCUCAACCUCUAGCCAGCAGAAGCUAAACCUUUAUCUGCGUGGGACAGCAGAAGUUAUAUCGUGACACGCUUUCAGUUCCAUCAGCACAGAAUUUAAACGUCAGUUUAGUAGCUGUUUUAGCUCAUUUAAGAACUUUUUUGCCUCAGUUUGUAACUUACAUUACAUUUUACAUUUAUAUAAGACUGAAAGGAAAUGCUAUUAAACCUGAUCUUGAUAGAUUGGGGACCAUUGAAUAAUUUAGAAGGAUUCCAGAGAGAGCUAUUUCAUGAGCUUUGCUGGCAACAGGAAACAUGUUGAGUUGUUUUGAAAUCCUGAUGAGAUUCAUAUUGAAUAUCUCCCUCCUCUAUAAUGUCAGGCACCUUGAUUUUUGUAGAAUGAGACUGUGAUUUAGUCUGUCAUCUGUGUAUGUUCAAGGCUGUUAUGUAUUGAAGCGACAUUCCAAGAAAGAACUUCCUGCUAAAAUAAUUUCUUUGGCCCCAAAGUUGUGAAUGUAAAAUGAAAUAAUGAUGAAUGUGAUGUAAGCGGGGUUCGUGUGUCGUGUGUUUGCAAUCAGGUUCAGAUUUCUGUUCCGUUCUGCUUAGUUUUACUACUCAGAACCGCUUCCAACAGUAGCAUGUUCUUAACCUCGCCUGCGUAUGUGACGUUUCCUAUUGGCCCAAACAAACACAAGGUGUGUCCUGUCUAUACUUUAGUAACUUAGUAGGACAGAGCCUGUGGCCUGCUCUGAUGGUGCUAGCAGCAGUCAUGCACUUUAUGACUGUGUGCUCCUUAGCCCUUCUCCGCACCCCUCCAUCCGGCUCCGCACACAUCUCCUCAGCCCAGCUCUGGAGACAGAGGGGCUCCACAGCACUGAACUGUCCCAGCCUCCUCACCCCUCUCGGCACACAUAUCCUGCACUAUGUCUAUCUUAUCAAUAUUAUUAUUAUUAAGGAUUAUUAUUAUUGCUAUUAUAACUAAUGUUAUUUUCUUAAUUAGAUUUACAUUUAAAUUAACUUAUAUUUUUUAUACGAAGAGAAGUGUUGGCCUUUUUUGUUUUGUACAAAGUGAUAAUUAAAGAGAAACAAAAUCUAAACAUGUUAUUGUUUGUUGCCCAAGAGAACUGAGGAAUGUUUCAACUGUAUAUUACUUUUAUUAAA